AGACAUAAAAAGUAUCGGGGGGAGGUGUGUAAGAGAGAGAGAGAGAGAGAGAGAGAGAGAGCUAUAGGGUAAAAGUGAGAGACUUUAUAACUUGUUUACUUCUCCUCCUUCUUCUUCUUCUUUAUCGUGUGCAUUAAGAAUCGAUUGAGAUGGCGAGCGAGAACCCUGAGGUUGUUGUAGCUCACGUGGUGGAGAACGGCGGCGCCGAACCCUCCUCCAAAGGAAAAGAGGAACAAUCAUUGGAGUCUGAGCUUUCGAAGAAGCUCGAGAUCACAGAAGAUGCUAAAGAGGAGAACAACGAAGAAGCAGAAGGAAGCAAAGCUGAGACUUCGACGACGACAACAAAGAAGAAGAAAAAGAAGAAUAAGAGCAAGAAGAAGCCUCAGCAGACUGAUCCACCAACGAUCCCUGUCGUUAAGCUUUUCCCAUCUGGAGACUUUCCUGAAGGUGAAAUCCAACAGUAUAAGGAUGACAAUUUGUGGAGGACAACAUCUGAAGAGAAGAGAGAGUUGGAGCGUUUGCAUAAACCAAUAUACAACUCUGUACGCCAGGCUGCAGAAGUUCAUCGCCAGGUUAGAAAAUAUGUGAGAAGCAUAGUGAAGCCUGGAAUGUUGAUGACUGAUAUCUGUGAGACACUUGAGGAUACUGUUCGUAAGCUUAUAUCAGAGAAUGGCUUGAAAGCUGGCAUUGCCUUCCCUACAGGAUGCUCUUUGAACUGGGUUGCUGCUCAUUGGACACCAAACUCUGGAGACAAGACUGUGCUUCAAUACGACGAUGUUAUGAAACUAGAUUUUGGAACACAUAUUGAUGGACAUAUUGUUGACUGUGCAUUUACAGUUGCGUUCAAUCCUAUGUAUGAUCCUCUCUUAGCAGCCUCCCGUGAAGCUACUUAUACCGGUAUCAAGGAAGCUGGAAUCGAUGUUCGUCUAUGCGACAUUGGUGCUGCAAUUCAAGAGGUCAUGGAGUCUUAUGAGGUUGAAAUCAAUGGAAAGGUCUUCCCAGUUAAAAGCAUCCGGAACUUGAAUGGCCAUAGCAUCGGACCUUAUCAGAUACACGCUGGCAAAUCAGUACCUAUAGUUAAAGGAGGCGAGCAGACAAAGAUGGAAGAGGGUGAAUUCUAUGCCAUUGAAACAUUCGGAUCAACUGGGAAAGGAUUUGUGAGAGAAGACUUGGAGUGUAGCCACUACAUGAAGAAUUUUGAUGCUGGCCAUGUCCCUUUGAGGUUGCCUAGAGCAAAACAACUCCUCGCCACCAUCAACAACAAUUUCUCUACUCUAGCCUUCUGCAGAAGGUACUUGGACCGCAUUGGUGAAACCAAAUACUUGAUGGCUCUGAAGAAUCUGUGCGAUGCCGGCAUUGUUCAGCCGUAUCCUCCUCUAUGUGAUGUGAAGGGAAGCUAUGUAUCACAAUAUGAGCACACCAUUCUACUCCGACCGACUUGCAAAGAAGUUGUUUCCAAGGGAGAUGACUACUGAUUUAUCAGAUUCUCUGUCUUUUUUUUUUACUCUGUUCUUUUCAUAUCAUAUACUGUUCUUGAGUACUUAUUCAGAUCCCCUGUCUUUUCCUCUGUCUUGAGAGUUGAGAUUGUACACUGUUAUUUUUUUCUGUCUUGACGUCUUUGAACCCUCUUUAUAAAACUUCAAUGGUUGUUCAAAACACUUGUAUUUGCGUUGAAAAUGAAGCAAUUUCCAUUAAAGAA